AUGGAUUCUUCUUCACCAAACGGUUUCGAGUUUUCGCAGCAAGAGGCGGAAACCGGCUUCGGUCCGUCAAUAAUAGACGUUCUCAAUGAUGAGGAGGGGAUUAACAUGAAGUCCUUGGGCGAAGCCGCGAGGAACGGACCGCUCGGCGAAGGCUGGCGCGAGGACGAGUUUUUGCUCCUUGCGGACAUCAUCACCGACGACGCCAUCUUCUACGAGGAAGAUUAUGGGCCCGACAUGGUCAUCGGCAUUAUCAAACGAUUCCUCAGAGAAAGACCUGGCGAAACCGAAUUCCAAGCAGUCUGGCUCCCCCAAUUCAUCAAAGAGCUCAUUUGCGGCAUCGAGAAAUACGCAGAGUCGCAAUCAGAAGACGAGUAUGUGAAGACGCAGCAUCUUCUUGCACGAGUUUUCGACCUUUGGCAUGAUGAAAAAAGCGCCAAGAUUCGACAGGAGCUCUUCCGGGCGAUGUGCGCUCUUUUCGACGAUUUCUUCAUCAAGAAAGAGCUGAAGCUGCCAUCAAAACAUCUGGAGUUCAUCAAACUAACGAUGCUCUUCCAAUUGAGCGACGGAUACUUGCCAGAAAAAUCGAUGGCGAAGAAAAUAGUCGACCUGAUUCUUCGUCCAGGGUGCUCGAUUCGUCCAAAUUUUUAA